CCUUAGGUCACACAAUUCGUAGGGAAGGGGAGCGGGAGCGCAGAAACGCGAAUUGGGAAGGAAUCGCAAAAAAUCCGCGAAUUAUUUUUCGUUGGAGCGCGAAUUUUGGUGGAUAAUUUGCGUUUUUAUUUCACAGACGGAGAUGGAAGAGGAAUCGGAGAUGGUGUCCUCCGGUUUGGUGAAGGAGGGAAGAAUAUUUCGUUGGCUAUUACCUACAUCGCAAUCCAAGUCAGGAGUUCCAAUGGAGUUCCAAUACAAGCUGACUUUCGGGAAAAUCAGUGGGGCUUAUCUACGUUUGGAAGAUUGGAAGCUAUAUGGAGAAACUGGGGGGUUUGCCGAUGAGGAGGAAGAGGGAAAUAAGCAACCAAAAUCA